AUGACCACAAUACUCGUAUUCUUAACCACAGUGGCAGCAGCAUCAUGCUUCGACUGGAACGGACCCAUUAAAGUAGAAGACGACAGGUUUCAAAAAUGUGUCGAAGAAUCCGGUUAUCAACUCGACCAAGAGGAACCAUUCAGCUUCAAAGACGCUCCAACUCUUGAACUUCUUUGUUUAAUGAAGUGUGUUUCAGAAACUCUUGAAAUCUUAGACGAAAAAGGAAACAUUGUUGAAGAAAAUCUGACUGAAUUUGACAAAGAUCUGCCUGAAGAGAAGUACUCAAUGUUUAAAGAUUGCGUAAAAGACUCUCCGCAGAUAGCUGCUUGCCAGGAUAUGGAUUACUUUUUACAGUGUUUGGCAUCUUUGCAGUAA